CUUGGUGCGAUGAGCUUCGGUUCCCCGAAAUGGGUUCCCUGGGUCCUUGACGAGGAGCCCUCUAUUGAAAUAAUGAAGGCUGCUUGGGAUCUUGGUGUUAACACCAUCGACACCGCUAACAUUUACUCAAACGAUGAGUCGGAGCGCCUUGUCGCCAAGUUUAUUAAAAAGGUGUGCCUUACCGAUGUCCUAAAUUUACAUUCAUUAAUGUACGAACUUCCCAGAUCAUUAUCGCCACCAAAUGCUAUGGCCUUGUUGCAAACGAUCCUUCCAUCCCGUCGUUCUUCAUGCCCGAUCUCGAUUCUAACCAUAAUUUUGUAA